CUCUUCACAGUGCAGCAGCAGCAGCAGCAGCAGCAGCAGGAGGAUGAGGAUGAGGAUGAGGAUGGGGAGGAUGGUGCUGUUCCGCCUGGCCCUGCUCAUGUCGGUCCUUACUGCGCCCGGACAUGGCAUCCUGCCGGAGAUAGUGGACUCGGGCAUCAGUCACAUCCUGGAGGAUAAUCCGGCUCCGGGACAGGAGGAUCUGGACCGUGCGUUCGUGCAGGUGGAGCAGCUGCCGGAGGACCCGCAGCACAAACCCGAGGAUGCGUUUCACCAAAGAAACGAGAGUGUGACUAGGAGUGUUCACAAUGAAACUGACUCUGAUAAUGCGAUUGAAGCUGAGCACACUCCAGUAGAGCAGGAGACGAACAACAUCACCUCUACAGCUGAACAGACCGGUGACCUGGAAAAUAAUAUCGAUCAUGGAUGUGUCACCACUGAGGAUUGUGGGAAAGGAAGGUACUGCCACAAUGAAGCACACAAAUACAAGUGUCUAACCUGCAAAGCAACCGAUGUGCCGUGUGCAAAAGAUGAGGAGUGCUGUGGUGACCAGCUGUGUGUUUGGGGUCAGUGUGCUCAAAAUGCAACAAAAGGAGAAGCCGGCAGCACAUGUCAGUACCAGAGCGACUGCAGCCCAGACCUCUGCUGUGCUUUUCACAAAGCGCUGCUCUUUCCCAUCUGCUUGGCCAAGCCUAUUGAGCGUGAGCGCUGCUUCGGGGCCUCCAACGACCUGAUGGAGCUGUUGUCCUGGGACCUUCAGAGUCCAGGACCCAGAAAACACUGUCCCUGUGCCGGGGACCUUCACUGUCAGCAUUUAGGUCGAGGAUCCAUGUGCCUUAAGGGAGCCGACUCCAGUGAAGAGGACAUGACGGACACCCUAUACUCAGAGAUUGACUACAUCAUCUAAAUAAACAAGAUGCAUCUGAUUUACACUGGCUUGUAAAACAUUAAAAGGGGGUCUCCAGUGACUCCACAGCUUCAUUCAGUCCACUUCUAUACAAUACAAGCACGGAAAAUACCUGAAAAUAUUUUUAUUUUCUGUGGGACUUUGAGUUCACAACCCUACCUUUAAACUUGUAUAUAAAAUCGCUAACAAAAACACAAGAAAACACUAUAUUCUAGAAAUAUAUAUACAGAGAAUGUAUUACAUCUAUUUAUGUGCAAACUCUUGAAUAUUUGCUGAACCUCUAUAAAUAAAACCUAUUUAAUCCUCAUCCAAGCACUUAACAAUAAUACACUA